CGAGCGGGGAGGCGGCGCGGCAGUCACAGCAGCGACGCCACCCGUAUCGGCCGUGAGUCUGGCGCCGCUCGCGACUAACUCUAAAAUCGAUGCACGAUUCGCAACCGGCGUUCAACAUCAAGCAGCUAUCGCGUAAAUUGAUCGUGACCAUCGCGUUUCAUGAUCGUAUUGUGAACGUGUAAAUUUUGACAGUUUACGGAGGCCGUUACUGAAGUGCAGUGAGUUUAUAGUGAUGUGAGGAUGUUUGUGUGUGGCCAUGUCGAGCGUGGCGAAGAAAGAUAAACCGACAAUGUCGGUAACUGCGUUGAUCAAUAGGGCGUGGCCAAUGACGCCUAGCCCACAGCAGCAGCAGCAGAUGGUGCCGUCUACACAGCAUUCGAAUUUCCUGCAGCCAAUGGCUACACCUUCAACCACACCCAAUGUUGAACUCGAUAUACAAUGGCUGAACAUAGAGUCAGGGUUUAUGUCGCCUAUGUCACCGCCCGAAAUGAAGCCAGAUACGGCGAUGCUCGACGGUUUCCGAGACGACUCGACGCCGCCCCCUCCCUUCAAGAAUUAUCCCCCUAACCAUCCCUUGAGCGGCUCAAAACAUCUAUGCUCCAUAUGUGGUGACAGAGCCUCGGGCAAACAUUACGGAGUAUACAGUUGUGAAGGCUGCAAAGGGUUCUUCAAGAGGACAGUCAGGAAGGAUCUCACAUACGCGUGCCGGGAGGACAAGAAUUGUAUAAUAGAUAAACGCCAGCGGAAUCGUUGCCAGUACUGCCGAUACCAGAAGUGUCUCGCUUGCGGCAUGAAGAGGGAGGCUGUGCAAGAGGAGAGACAGCGAGCCGCGAGGGGUACAGAAGACGCUCAUCCCAGCAGCUCUGUACAGGAGCUAUCGAUCGAGCGGCUGCUGGAAUUGGAGGCGUUAGUUGCGGAUUCAGCUGAGGAGUUACAGAUCCUACGUGUCGGUCCCGAAAGCGGCGUACCGGCCAAGUACCGAGCCCCCGUCUCGAGUCUUUGUCAAAUAGGCAACAAACAGAUAGCCGCUCUCAUUGUUUGGGCGCGUGACAUUCCACACUUCGGGCAGCUAGAAAUCGACGAUCAGAUCCUUCUAAUCAAGGGCUCCUGGAACGAACUGCUGCUGUUCGCUAUCGCAUGGCGGUCUAUGGAGUUCCUGAAUGAUGAAAGAGAGAACGUAGACUCGCGGAAUACAGCGCCGCCUCAACUCAUUUGUUUAAUGCCAGGCAUGACGCUGCACCGCAACUCCGCGCUGCAGGCCGGCGUGGGGCAGAUCUUCGACCGCGUGCUCUCCGAGCUGUCGCUCAAGAUGCGCUCCCUCCGCAUGGACCAGGCCGAGUACGUCGCGCUCAAGGCCAUCAUACUCCUCAAUCCUGACGUAAAGGGAUUGAAGAAUAAACAAGAAGUGGACGUUCUUCGAGAAAAGAUGUUCUUAUGCCUGGACGAGUACUGCCGGCGCUCGCGCGGCGGGGAGGAGGGUCGGUUCGCGGCGCUGCUGCUGCGGCUGCCGGCGCUGCGCUCCAUCUCGCUCAAGAGCUUCGAGCACCUCUACCUGUUCCACCUCGUGGCCGAGGGCAGCGUGAGCUCGUACAUCCGCGACGCGCUCUGCAACCACGCGCCGCCCAUCGACACCAACAUCAUGUAGGGGGACUUAUUCAACUUUUGAAUGUCGACAUGCCAACGUCAACAUGUAAAUUCUAUACAGCAACAGUAAAAAAAAAAAAACUUAUAAGCUAAUUUUUUAU